AUGUUUUGGUCGUCCAAAUCAGGAAUCAGCUCUAACUACUCAUACUCUUCGUCUCCCACCUUUACCGUGGAGCCCUGGAACGUCCACACUGGUAGACCAAAAAGCUCGGGUUCGUCUUCAACUAGUUCCACAGCUCCCAAGGUGUCCAUAUUCAUUUUUGACAAAUCCAAGUUUGAAAACCAUCUGCUAACUACGGGAUCUAUAAAGUCUCGUACUUCUAGUAGAGAUAAGCAAUUCAUCAGAAGUGCGUACGACGUGUUGCGGGCACAGGUAAGCCAACUGGCUAAACUUAAACAUCCCAAUGUUUUGGCGUUAAUCGAGCCAUUGGAAGAGCACUCCAAAAACUUUAUAUUCGUCUCAGAAUACGUGAGCGGAAGCGUGGAGUCCUCAGUGCUGGACGCAAAGCCCGAGGACAAUUUUGAAGUUUUGGCCAUGUCGGGUUCAGGAAACGUGAUAACGCAACGUGGUAUCCAACAGAUAUCCCAGGGUCUAGACUUCAUACACAACCGUGCAGGCUCGGUUUUACUUGAUCUUAGACCCGCUUCCGUGCUUAUCAAUGAAAACUCCGAUUGGAAGCUGUGCGGUUUCGGACAUCUUACUAAACUGCCCUCUGGAUCUAAUACGGGUCAGUAUAGCCCAGAUUUCGAUCCGCGUUACGCUCCCUUCAUGCACAUUCCUCUUGAUUAUAGCGCUCCUGAAUUGAUACUAGAAAAUAUGCUGUCCCCAAGAAAUGACUACUUCUCAUUGGGUCUGCUAAUAUACUUCUUGUUUUACAAGACGCAUUUAUUCUCUUGCAAGGAUUACAUUGGAGACUACAAGGAGGAAUACGGUAGAUAUGAAAGAGACCUGCUCCGACAAACCCCUGAAAGAUAUUUGGCAAAGAUCCCGGAAAAGUUGAGAUCCAGCAUGUCUAGACUUAUGAACAGAGACGUUUAUGCAAGAUUCGAUAAUAUACAAGAGUUUUUGGAGUCGGACUUUUUCCAUGAUCCCUUGGUAAAGACCCUUGCCUUUUUGGACGACUUACCAACAAAAGAUUCCCAAGAGAGAGGAAUUUACCUGAGCGGUCUAUUAGAAAUUUUGCCUCAAUUCCCACCUCAACUACUGCAAAGAAAAUUUUUGCCCGUACUGCUACAUUUACUUGAUCAAGUCUGUUCGUCAGACGCAUUAGUGACAAAGGACCUCAACACGCUUGUGACGUUGAUUUCGAAGAUCGGUGCAACUCUAUCACAGCUGUCAUUCCAAGAAAGACUUUAUCCACAUUUGGUCUCGAAGGACAAUUUUAGUCGUCUGCUAGAGCAUGCAACAGCAAGCUUGAUUGAAAAUCUAGCUGUUCUGCAUAGCAAAGUCAAGUCCGAAGCGUUUACUAGUGAGAUUUUGAAGCCCUUGUGUACGCAUGUUUUUUCUUCUAUCAGCGGAGAAAGCGCUGUGGUGGUCCAAGAAGCACUUAUGGGAAAACUUGACGUUUUACUCCAAGCUUUUGAUUUCGCAACUGUCAAGAAUUUUUUAUUCAGUUUACUAUCGAAGCUUUUCAUCAAGACUACUAGUCUCACUGUUAAAAGUUCAUGUGUUGAUAGUUUUCGAAUCAUGAUCGAACGGAAAGCAAUCGAUAAGUUUACCUGUAUUGAUGAUUUGCUACCUUUAUUCAAAUCCAUGAAGACUCGAGAUCCGCGUAUUCUUAUGAAGUCCCUCCAGCUACUCUCCCUGCUACCAGAACUAAUAGAAAGCGAGCAAGCACUGAUAGAACAGCUCCUUCCAUUACUUUGGGACUUUUCUAUGGCCACGACUUUGAGAACGACGCAAUACACUCAGUUCACGAACGUUAUUAACAAAAUAAGUGCUGAUAUACAGCGUUCUCACUUGGCAAAACUCGAGGCCUCUAAUGGAAAGGAAGCCAACUUUGACAACGUCAUAGAAAAGCCAGCUCAAAGAAUACAAGACCCUGACUUAGAGGCAUCGCAUAAAAUUGGUGUUCCAGCGAUAAUUCCGAAAUCUCAGCAUGCAUUACACCAAAAGGCAAUAUCCAAACCACUGCCAAAACCCACAGAAUUAAUCAACAAGGGCACUUUGAGCCCAGCUCCCAAAAAGCUGACGCCGCGGCCAAAAACCAAGCCCCAAUCAAGACCACUUGUGUUGACUAAGGGCUCUGCAUCUGCUUCGGCUGCUGCUCGACCUGCAGCUUCUCCUCUGAGAGCAUCUGGUACGAAAAGUGUGCAUGAAGACGUGGACGAUUUCGACGACUUUGUAUCGUCUACGCCGUCAACUACAAGCAUUCCAUCAGCAAACACCUCGGCAAACACCACUGCUGCUUAUCCACCUGGGUUUUCUAUGACCAUGCAGCCGCUCAAGAACUCUACUGCACGUCACAAUAACCCGGCAAUUUCUAGCGAGAAUACUUCGCUCAUAUAA